UUGGAGCCCAAUUUUGUCCCACUUGGGUAUGGUGAAGGGCCAAUGCAUUGACUGCGGUGUUGGCAAUGUGCGUCAAGAGCAGAUCCGAUUCCUGGCCUUUUGGCCCGAAUUUCUGUAUGGUGUUGCAAUUGCUUGCACCAAAAGAUGAUGGUACCAAAGAGUGUCCUCGUUGAAGGUAUUGGCAAUUGCACGUCUGAUCGACUCGUUAGGUUGUUGCAUUUUUCCAUUUCACCUGCUCAUCAUCGGAUGUCCAAACCUACUAACAGUAAUUUUAUGAAGGAUCUUUGUGGUGACCGCGAACUCAAAAAGGCUGUAGAGAAACUACAGUCUACACAUCAGGUUGAAAUGGAUACAUAUACAAAGUUGCUGGAAGCUUGUAUCCGUUUGAAAUCACUGAGUGAUGGGAGAAAAAUCCAUGAUCAUAUUGUUAAGUUUAGUCAAUUCAAGAAUGCCUUCUUUGUCCUAGAGAAGCUGACAUGUAUGUAUGUAGCUUGUGGUGAGAUUGAAAUGGGUCAGAAGGUUUUUGAUCAAAUUCCAAGAGCCAAUGUUUUUUUGUGGAAUUUGAUGAUUAGGGGGUAUGCAUGGAGUGGACCAUUUGAUCAAGCAUUGGUUUUGUAUAGGAGAAUGAUUUACAAUGGAGUUAGUCCAAAUAAAUUCACGUUUCCUUUUGUUCUGAAGGCAUGUUCUGGUUUAUCGGCUUUAGAAGAUGGGAGGAAGAUUCAUGACGAUGCUGUGAGAGCUGGACUGGAGUCUGACGUAUUUGUUGCAACUGCACUGAUAGAUAUGUAUAGCAAAUGUGGUUGUUUGGACAGUGCAUACCAAGUGUUUGAGAAGAUGUCGCAGAGGGAUGUGGUUGCUUGGAACUCCAUGGCUGCAGGUUGUGCUCUUCAUGGGCUAUAUGAUGAUGUGGUCUGUUUGGUUCUGGAAAUGCAACAGGCAGGCCUUAAGCCAAACUCUUCAACUUUGGUUUCAGUUUUGCCUGUUUUUGGUGAAGCUUCAGCUCUUCGACAGGGCAAGAGCAUACACUCUUACUGCGUAAGAAGGUGCUUUCAUUUGGCAGAUGUUCUGGUUAACACUGCUCUUUUACAUAUGUAUGCAAAGUGUGAGUGCUUGAAUUAUUCUUGGAGGUUGUUUGCGACUAUGGCUGCCAAAAAUGAGGUUGCAUGGAGUGCAAUGGUCGCAUCAUGCAUUCGGUGUGGUCACAUGAAGGAAGCGCUUGAACUUUUUGAUCAGAUGGUCAUGGAAGGUAACAAGCCAACUACUGUUACAAUAACCAGUGCUCUUCGAGCUUGUGCAGGUCUAACAAAUGUUGGCAGAGGGCAACAGGUUCAUGGUUACUCUGUCAAGGUGGGCUUUGAAUCAGAUAUAACCACAGCAAAUUCAGUUCUAUCGAUGUACUCAAAGUGUGCAGUUAUAGAUGAUGCCAUAAAGUUCUUCCACAUAAUGCCAAAUAAAGAUUCUGUCUCUUUUAGUGCAAUAAUCUCAGGGUGUGUUCAGAAUGGGAAUGCUAAUGAGGCAUUGCAUAUAUUCAGCAACAUGCAGUUAGAAGUUGUUGAACCAGACAUUGCAACCAUGGUUGGCGUUCUUCCAGCAUGUGCUCAGUUGUCGGCUAUCAAACAUGGUCAAUGCAAUCAUGGAUACAUAGUCACACGUGGUUUUUCAUGGGAUAUCUCAAUCAAUAAUGCCCUGAUCGACAUGUACUCAAAGUGUGGUAAUGUUGAGUUUGCCAGGGAGGUUUUCAACAGAAUGUCCGAUAAGGACAUAGUUUCAUGGAAUUCAAUGAUUUCGGGCUAUGGAAUUCAUGGACGUGGUGAGGAGGCACUUGCCCUCUUCAAUGACAUGCUGCUGAUGAACCUGGAUCCUGAUGAAGUUACCUUCAUCUGUCUUUUGUCUACGUGCAGCCACUGUGGCCUUAUCAACGAGGGAAAGCAGUUAUUUGAGUUGAUGCAACAAAGAUUUGGAAUCACCCCGAGGAUGGAGCAUUACAUAUGCGUGGUUGAUCUUUUAGGUCGUGGUGGACUUCUUGGUGAAGCCUAUAAUUUCAUUAAGAGUAUGCCCUUUAGACCAGAUGUUCGUGUUUGGGGAGCAUUGCUUGGUGCGUGCAGGAUUCAUAAGAAUGUUGAGAUUGGUGAAGAGGUCUCUAAGAUAAUUCACCAGCUAGGACCAGAGGGUACUGGGAAUUUUGUUCUGAUCUCUAACAUUUAUAGUGCAGCAAGGCGAUGGAAGGAUGCAGCAAGUAUUAGAAUCAUGCAGAAAGAUAUGGGAUUCAGGAAGAGCCCAGGGUGCAGCUGGAUUGAGAUUGGGAACACGAUUCAUGCAUUUGUCGGUGGAGAUCAGUCUCAUCCACAGUCAGCUCAUAUAUAUGAAUUGCUUGAGGAGUUGUUAGGGAAGAUUAAGAAGCUAGGUUAUCAGCCUGAUACAAGUUUUGUGUUGCAAGAUGUUGAAGAAGAAGAGAAAGAGCACAUUCUUCGACAUCACAGUGAGAAGCUAGCCCUAGCUUUUGGGAUCCUGAAUUUUGAUCCAGGAAAGACUAUCUGUAUAACCAAGAAUCUGCGUGUUUGUGGUGAUUGUCAUUCUGCGAUCAAAUUCUUCUCCAAAAUUACUGAACGAACAAUCAUAGUCAGAGAUGCAAUUCGAUUUCACCAUUUCAAGGAUGGAAUGUGCAGCUGUGGAGAUUUUUGGUGAUGGUAGACAAGUCCUUGCUACCUGCAGAUGCCUUAUAAAUUGUUCAUCGAUUUGCAAGUUUCUCCAAUUUGAGCUAUGUCUUUUCUCAGUCGUGAAAAACAUGACAGGCACAAGAGCAAGAGUGCUUUGUGGAAGGACGGCUACUUAAACCAAGUAGAAUCGAUUAUCCAUCUCCAAUGAUGGAAAAUGCUUGUCAGUUGGAGAAUUCCCAUGUUAUCUUAGAGAAGUAUGAGGUUUGCAGCUUCGUCCUAUUAAGUGAGCUUUUUAUUUGUGCUUAACGUUUGUACAUUCUUUUGGACUUCGAAAGCACCUUCUCUGCCGCUCUGAUGAAUAAUAUAUACUUGUACAGGAUAGAUAAAUUUAUUUGGGUACAGUUCUUAGACUGUGCCUUUGACA